UUCACUUACCCACCCGCCCGCACUUUCCGCCACUAUGAACCGCUCGCUCACCUUAGCUCUCAAAGGCUCUCGGAACCUGCGCCCAUUCGCCUGCCGCCUGCAAAUGUCGACCCUGGCCAGUUCCGACAAACGGCCAAUAAAGGCACAGCGUGAGCAGACUUUCCAAACACUCAACCUGCCUGCCUACCCACGCUACACAGCGGCUCCUGAAGGCUACCCAGUGGUCUCCCAAAAGGUCCUGCAGUCACAAUACGGCCACGCACUGGAAGAAGGCGCCAAGCUGCCCAACGUUCAGGUCACCGUGCAGGGACGGGUCAGGAGCAAGCGCGAAGCUAGCAAGAAGCUGUUUUUCUUUGACAUCGAACAGGACGGCCAUACUGUGCAGCUUGUAGCCUCGCAGGCCAGGUACGUGGGCGACGAAGAUUUCCGCGGCCUCAACAGAGCCCUGCUACCGGGCGAUAUUGUCAGAGCCUCGGGGUUCAUCGGCAAAACAAAUACCGGCGAGACCAGCGUGUUCGUGACCUGCCAUCUGGAGCUGCUAGCGCCGUGCUUCCACACGAUUCCGGUGCGGUCCGGUCUGACAGACACACAAAAGAGGUUCAGGAACCGCCAUGUGGAUCUGCUGGUCAACCCGCAGGCCAAGCAUAACCUGGUGACUCGUGCAAAGGUCCUAAAGUACAUCCGGUCCUAUCUGGACACGCGCGACUUCACCGAAGUCGAGACACCCGUGCUGUCCCCGAAUGUGGGCGGUGCUUCGGCCAAGCCCUUUGUCACGACUGCCGCUGCCUUUGGCAACUCUCGCAUGUUUAUGCGCGUCGCGCCUGAGUUGUUCCUGAAGCAGCUUGUAAUCGGCGGCAUGGAUCGCGUAUACGAGAUCGGUAAGCAGUUUAGGAACGAGGGCGUCGAUGCAGACCACAACCCCGAGUUUACCACCUGUGAGUUCUACCAGACAUACGCGACCCUUGAUGACCUGAUGGCCAUGACGGAGGAGAUGCUGCGCGGCAUGGCACAUGCUGUCACAGGCGAGACAGCCGUCACAGCUGUCAGCACGAUCAGCGGCAACGAGAUCCAGGUCGAUCUCGGCAAGCCAUUCAGGCGCAUUGAUGUAACCCAGUUUCUGAGGGAUAAGCUGCCGGGCUUGCCCAAUGACUUCUCCAGCCCCGAUGCGCUCCCGCAGCUACUGGACCUGCUGGCCAAAAACAACCUGUCGGCGCCGCAGCCGCAUACGGUCCCGCGUCUGCUCGACCGUCUGAUCGGCCACUACAUUGAACCGCUGUGCCAGCAGCCCACGUUCCUCAUCGGCCACCCAUCCAUCAUGAGCCCGCUUUCAAAGUGCACCGACGAUUCGGCCCAGGUCUCUGCCCGUUUUGAGCUGUUUGUCAACGGCAAGGAGCUGGUCAAUGCGUACGAGGAGCUGAAUAAUCCGAAUGAGCAGCGCGCUAAGUUCAUGGUACAGGCCACUGAACGCGCGGCCGGUGAUGAGGAAGUGCCAGAGAUGGACCAAGCGUUCUGUGAUGCGCUGGAGUUUGCCUUGCCACCGACUGGCGGAUGGGGGAUGGGUGUUGAUCGGGUGGUUGCGUUGUUGGCAGGGGUACGGCAUCUGCGCGAAACUAUUGCGUUCCCUGUCAUGAAGAACGACUCCAAGUAGCAUCUAUUAUUUAAAACUCCCGUUUGAAAUGAGUGCAGCCAGCCAGAGCCCUCUUACAUAUUGUGUCAAUGCUGCCAAUACAUGAAGUGUACAUCAGCAGCUAAUGUAUCAUUGGAC